AUUUGGAACUUUCUUUUUCGUGAGGAGAGUUGUCUCAAGUAAAUCUAGCGCUGUUCAACGAAACCAUCGAUUCAUGGAGGAGUGCUGGUGCCGCUUUUCUGUUUUCGGACUCAUCAACUGAGAUAUGUACGCCACCUUUGACAUUUUGCGAGGUUUGAUAAAAGUAUGAGCAAUAUAGUCCUACAUUACAUGGUUGUCCUCCUAAUCUGGGCCCUCAAACCCAUGGCGGCAGCUCAGUCUGGCCUUAAAUUGACACGGACAGGAGGCAGCGUCAGAAACUUGACACAGCGGGACAUCUCAUGCCGGGAAAACCUGGAGUACCCACAUGACAACAUCUGCUGUUUAAACUGCCUAGCUGGUACAUAUGUCAAAGCGUACUGCACGCGUUCCUUUGAGCAUGGAACCUGUGAGACCUGUGAGUUUGACACGUACACUGAACAUGGCAACGGACUACGACAGUGCUUYAAGUGCACCACGUGUCACUCAGAUCAGGUGACUACGAAGGCAUGCACCAUCACUCAGGACAGAGAGUGCCGGUGUAAACCUGGGUUAUUCUGUGCCCCUGACCAAGCCUGUGAGGUGUGCAAAAAGUGCUUAAGAUGUAAAGAGAAUGAGGUGAGGCUGAAGAACUGCACCGCUACGUCCAACACGGUCUGUGAGACCAGACUGCCCACAUCCAGCACCAUCUCAGCAGGUGUUGUUGUGAUUGUGGUGGCAGUACUGGGUAUCACUGCUGCAAUUGCCGCUGUCUCUUGGAAGAGGCGAAAUUGCUGUAAAAGGAGAGACUCCCAGAAUAAUCCCAGUGAGACGCUGAAAAUUGAGGUGGAUGAUCAAAACAACAGGUCAAUUGAGGAGAGGCAGAACAACCGGAGUGCUGUGCAGGAUGACACACAGCUCCAUCCUUUGCUGGAACUGACCCAGGUGGUGGGCGCCAACGCCUCCUCAGCCGACGAGGACAAUGGACUGGGCGACAGCCUCCACAACACCACCAACUCCUCCCGGUCCAGUUUGUCUGCACUACCCUCAUCCUCCCCGCUUUCCAGCCCUUCGGCCAAGAGGCAGCCUGGCACUGGGGCUACGGUGAGAGCAGCAGCACAGGACAUGCUCAUGCGAACCUACCCCUUGUCCCUUGUCUUCUCUCAAUCUCUUUUCUAA